CCAAAGUGCAGCAGGUACACUGUUGGGUGACUGGACCAGGUUCUAAUCUUCUCCAAACUCUCACAGUAAAAGUACGGAAGUCACGAUGACACCAGAGGACGUUUUGAACACUCUGAAGGAUUUACGAGAUGAAGAAUUCCGGGACUUCAAAUGGUAUCUGCGGCACCCUGAAAUCCUGGAAGGGUACCAAACCAUCAAAGUGUCUGAGCUGGAGACGGCAGAAAGGCGGGACACAGUGGAUGUGAUGAUGAACACAUAUGAACUUCACGGAGCUCUGAAGGUGACCAAGAAGGUUUUAGAGAAGAUAAACAGGAACGAUCUGGUGCAGAGUCUGCCAGACACCAGCUCAGGACCAGAAGGUCAACUGUCAGGCUGUAUGAUCCAAGAAGAAGGCUGUACUUGUCUGGCUUCAGCUCUGAGAUCCAACCCCUCCCAUCUGAGACAGCUGGACCUGAGCUACAAUCAUCCAGGAGACUCAGGAGUGAGGCUGCUGUCUUCUGGAUUGAAGGAUCCAAACUGGAGACUGGACACACUCAGGUCAGGUGGUUGUCGCAGUGGCAACCUAAGAACAAGAGGGUGGCCACACUUGGAUGGCCCAGAGGCCCUGACAGAGUUCUCUGAGGUAGUUAAGAAGCUUCUUGGUUGCACUGUGCUGGGUGUGGAUAAGAUUCGCCUUGAGCUGAAGGCUGAAACUCAGAGGGAAGCAGGAAGCUCGACAGUCAGCGCCCACAGCGGGGGUGUGGUCAACACACCUCGGCUCUCUGGUGUUCAUGUGGGAGGGAAUAUAAACAUCAACACAUAUGUCCAACAACCUGCCAGCACAGAACAGACUCACCACAUUUCUCCCACAACCGAAGAUCUACAUCAAGACCGUCAGAGGGAGUCGCCACAGAAGAGGUUGUUGUCAGUUCGGGCACAGUUUGUUAAUUCAGCGUCUGAACCUGUUCUAAAGCAGCUGCUGGAUGAACUUUUUCAAAAGAAAAUCAUAACUCAAGAAGAAAUGGAUACGGCCAGAACUAAAACCAAGGCUGAGAUGGCUCGAGAUGUGAUUGACAUGGUGCGAAACAAAGGACCAGAAGCCAGUUUGUUCCUGAUCGAGGUCCUCAGAGGGCUGGAUCCAUACCUCGCUGAAACUCUGGCUGAAACUCAGAGGGAAGCAGGAAGCUCGACAGUCAACGCCCACAGCGGAAGUGUGGUCAACACACCUCAGCUCUCUAGUGUUAAUGUGGGAGGGAAUAUAAACAUCAACACAUAUGUCCAACAUCCUGCCAGCACAGAACAGACUCACCACAUUUCUCCCACAACCAAAGAAAACAUCCAAAAGUGCCAAGAUGCUCUCAAAUCUUACCUCAAAUAUCAAACUAAGAAUCUGCUUCAAGGAACAGAGGAAGAUGGAUCCCAAACUCAAUUAAACAAGAGCUAUACGGAGCUUUACAUCACAGAGGGAGGCAGUGGGGAGGUUAAUCAUGAACACGAAGUGAUUGAAUUAGAAUGUACAAGGAGUUCGAGUGAGGAGAAGAAAAUCCACCUCAACGACAUUUUUGAACCAUUAAUAAAGGAAGACGAUCCUCCACAGAGAGUUCUGACCAAGGGGAUCGCUGGCAUCGGAAAAACUGUCGCUGUGCAGAAAUUCACCCAUGACUGGGCAGUAGGAAAAGCCAACCAAACCAUUGAGUUCAUAUUUCCGUUCACAUUCAGAGAGUUGAACUUAAUAAAAGAUAAGGAUUGGAGUCUUACAGAGUUAAUAGCUUACUAUUUUAAAGUGGGGGAUUUAGAAGCGUCAGACUACAGUAACAUAAGUAUCUUGUUCAUCUUUGACGGCCUGGAUGAAAGCAAACUGCCUCUGGACAUUAAGAAAAAUAAGAUGUGCCACAGUGUUACUGACACUACAACAUUAGACGUUCUACUAACCAACUUAAUCACAGGGAAACUGCUGCACAAAGCCUCAGUCUGGAUCACAAGUAGACCGGCUGCAGCCACUAAGAUUCCUGCCAAGUUCAUCGACAGGGUAACUGAGGUGCGAGGCUUUAACGACGAGCAGAAGGAGGAGUACUUUCAGAGGAAUGUUAGUGACAAGGAUGUGGCUCAGAAGAUCUUUGAUCAUCUUCAGUCAAAGCCUCUGAGAAGUCUGUACAUCAUGUGCCACAUCCCGGUCUUCUGUUGGAUUUCAGCCACGGCUCUCCAGAGUCUCCUAACCAAAACUCAGAGAGGAGAGCUGCCCAAGACCGUGACUGAAAUGUACACACACUUCCUGAUCGUCCAGACAAAACGGAACAAUGAAAAGGAUUAUCACGAAGGUGAAACAGACAAAGAUGUGAUCAUGAAGUUGGGAAAACUGGCAUUUGAACAGCUACAGAAGGGCAACAUAAUCUUCUAUGAAGAUGAUUUGAAAAGUUGUCAGAUUGAUCUGACGCAAGCUGCCGUUUAUUCAGGGGUUUGCACGCAGAUCAUCAGAAAAGAAUUUGGCCUUCACAAACAAAAUAUUUAUUCUUUUAUACAUUUAAGUAUUCAGGAGUUUCUUGCAGCUCUGUAUGUAUUAGAGACGUUUAUAGAUAGCGGAAAAAAUCUGCUUUCCAAAGUGAAAGUGAAAGUUGUGUCAGACAAAGGAGAACUUCCCCUCAUCCUCCUCCACAAGAGCGCAGUGGAUAUGGCUUUGGACAGCGAUUAUGGACAAUGGGACUUGUUUGUGCGCUUCCUUCUCGGUCUAUCACAGGUUCAAAAUCAGGAACUGCUUCAGAAAUUCUUUCAAUUUAAAGAAAGACCCCCACAGAGCAACAAGAUGACAAUCACCCGCAUCCACGAGAAGAUCAAGAAACUGUCCUACACCGACAAAAGUAUCAACCUGUUCCACUGUUUAAAUGAGUUGGGGGACCAGUCUCUGGUUGAGCAAGUCCAAAAGUACCAGAGCUCAGGAGAUGUCAGUAAAAUCUCCCCUGCACAUUGGUCGGCUCUGGCCUAUCUACUGCUGGUUUCCACUGAUGACCUGGAUGUGUUUGACCUGCAGGAAUACCACAAAUCAGAAGAAGUUCUGAAGAGGCUUCUGCCUGUGCUCAGAGUAGCAAAGACAGCUUUGCUAAGUGACUGCAACCUUGUGGACAGUUGUUGCCAGAAUAUCUCGUCAGUUCUCAGCUUUAAGUCUUCUCGUCUGGAGGAGUUAGACCUGAGCAAAAAUAAUCUGCAGGACUAUGGAUUGACGCUGCUCUCUGAUGGUCUAAAAAGUCCCAACUGCAAACUGCAGAGACUCCGUUUACAGGACUGUGGCAUUACAAAAAAAGGAUGCCAAGCUUUGGCCAGUGGUCUGGCUUCAAACUCCUCCCACCUGAGAGAGCUGGAUCUCAGCAACAAUAGAUUUCUUGACGAAGGACUGGAGCUACUUUCAAGAACUCUCAACCAAUGCACGUUGGAAACACUGAGGUUAUGUGAGUGUGGCCUCAAAGGAGAACCUCCGGCUUCAGCUCUCAGCUUGAACCCAUCUCAGCUGAAAAACCUGGAUCUGAGCAGGAACCAUUUUACAGAACAGGCAAUCACUCAGCUCUGUGGAUUACUGAAGCAUCCUGACUUCCAGCUGGAGAAAUUAGGGCUUUUUAAGACGAACCUACAAAUGGAAAGUGUUGACGCUCUGGCCUCAGCUCUGGCUUCAAACCCUUCCCAGCUGAGGGAACUGGAUCUGGGGGGGAACUCCCUGGGUGAUGGUGGAGUGAUGAAGAUCGCUGCUCUGCUCAAGGAUCCAAACUGUAAAGUGGAUACACUGAGACUGGUCGGCUGUCAGUUUACACACAGUGGCUGUGCUGUGCUGGCCUCCAGUCUGAAGUCAAACCCAGGACACCUGAGAGUCCUGGAUCUGACAAGAAAUGUCCUCCAAGACGCUGGUGUCGAAAACCUUUCUGAGUUCCUGGCAGAGCCACUUUGUCAGCUGGAGACACUUAAACUGAAAUGCUGCACGUUAACAGAAGCCUGCUGUCGGUCUUUGACCUUUGCCCUCAGCUGCUCCUCUGCUCUCAAAGAGACUAGACCUGAGUUACAAUACCGCCUGACGGACGAGGGGCUGACUCUGCUUGCUGAUUGGCUGAGGAAACCCCAGUGCAGACUGGAGAUACUGAGACUGCCGGGAUGCACGGACAGCAGCUGUGAGUCUCUGGCCUCGGCUCUGACGUUGAACCCGUCCCACCUCCGAGAGCUGGAGCUGAGCCGGACUGAUCCAGAAGGACCGGGUCUGGAACGGCUGUCUGGUCUACAGAGAAACAGUAGUUUCAAGCUGCAGAAGCUGGUGGUGAAGAGCACCGUAGUGACACCCACAGACUGAAUACGUUAGCCCCGUCCGUCCGAGCCGAACUCUGGCACCUCCUGGAGGUUGCGACUAUUUGUGAUGUGAAGCCGACCAACCUUAUUAUCUUAUUUUAGGUUGUUUGUUUACAUGUGGGAUUUUAACUGAUUUAAAACUGAUCAUCAAUCCAUCUGCAGACUGUGAACUCUUCUAAUUGAUGUAUGUACUGUAUAUGCAGGCUUAUUUGGUAACCAUAGUAACAAGUUAAGCAACAUUGGCAGUCCUACACUGUAAAGAAAAAGUAUAAUUUACAGUUAAAACUGGCAGCUAUGGUUGACACUUUACUGUGAUAAAUAUGGUUAUUACGAUAAAAGGAUAUUAGUACUGUUGAUUUUAAAGCUAAAGUUGUAGUUUUAUUCCAUAUUUUUUAAGUUUUUACCAUCAAAAGAAAAAGUUUUGCCUCAUGAAAUUACCGUAUGAAUGCUGUGGUCUUCUGUGUCAUUUACAGUCUGUAAUAUGAAAAAAACAUUUUUCAUUUCAUUCCAUAUGAAUUCAUUUAAGAGGCUGUAUAAAUAAAGGCAGUGAGAUAGGAGGGUAUUUUACUUAGUUACAUAAACUUCAUUUAAUCUAUUUAGUGUUUACAGUUUUUUACUUUUUUUUACUGUCAUGAUGUGACAGUGAAAUCAUGCAAGCCAGAAGUUGUUAGAGUAUAUCAGCAAGGUGGAUCACUGUCCCCUGUUCUCUUCAGUCUGUAUAUGGAUGAUCUUAUAUAUGGAUGAUGAUAUGAACAGCUAAAACAGUGCAAGACUGGAGGUAUGGUGGGGGGUCGUAUUAUUAACCAUCUGAUAUAUGCUGAUGAUGAAGUCGUCCCAUCGCCGUACAGCAACAAACUGAACUCUGAUGAGGAGGAGGAUCAAAGUUUUCCUUCAUUCUUUAUGUCAGAGUGAGAGUUAAAUGUGGUGAACAGAGCGAGAUAUUGGGGUCACAUCAUCAGGAACCAUAUAUGUGAUGAUGAUAAUGAUGAUGAAAAGUGUGACAUUAUGUUGCCGUGCUGAUUUCAAACGUGUACAGAUGAUAUCAAAGCAGCCCUUUAUAGAGGCGACUGUACGCAGCUCUAUACUGCCCACCUGUGGUGCAGGACGGAUGUUUGUGACUGAUAAUGUUCCCUCCUUUCAGGCUGCGUUCAGGAACUUUAUGUACAGAUUUAUGUGUCUGUUAAUUGAGUUCAUUGUAGCGCACACAGUGACAAAAAGUUCUCGGUCCGUGGAAACACUGGAACAAACGUCUCUAUGUGUUUUAAUGUGCUUGGACUGCAAUAAUUUCUCUGUGUUGUUUUUUUGUUGUUUUUAUGUUAAUAUGGAUGCAUGUGUCUGAAAUCAAGUUCACUUGAACAUAAUAGUAUUUUAGUGUUUAGUUUUUGUGCAAAUUAUCAAAAUAAAAGGAAUUAAAGGAAUAAAUUAGAUAAAUGUUAUUAAAGUGAAAAAGAAACACUUGAUUUAAUAAUACAGACUUUAUUUUUUCUGCUCAGUGGCCUGAUGGAUACAUUAUAAUAAUAAGUUAAUUACGAGAGACGAUUCACUGCAUCCCUCGUCUCCGUAGCAACAAUAAAAUGACAAACACUUAUAAUAAUAAUAAUACUGUAAUGGUAUGUCCUUGCUGAUCAACAAUCAGUGUCAUUAUAUAUAAAAAUAAUAAAUAGUGGCUGGUGAGCGUCCUUUCAGUCUGUCUCCGUCA